CUCCGCAGAGGCAGAGAAUCAGGAAGCUCUUUUCGAUCUUCGACUUUCACAAUUGCGAUAGCAUCUCUUCUUCUGCACAUCUAUUCCAAGUUUCUUGUUUACUUGUUACCGGAAUAUCGGAUAUUUUUUCUACUAUUACAAACCGAUAAGAAAUAUUUUACGAACGAAUAAAACAAUCCGUCAGUUUUGAGUUUCUGAGUUUAUUUUUUAUCAGAUUUUUUUUAAGUAUGUUUUGAAAUGAAAAGUUUAGCAAGAAGAAAAAAAAUCGGAAAAAAAGAGACACCUGUGGAAUUAUGCGCAUAUUUUGAAAUAUAAAUAAUGUAUGAUAGAUUAAAUGUCUGAGUUUAAUUUCAAUUAGUUUUCGAUACAAAAAAACUUUGUGUUUCUUAUCAUGUUUGAAGCAUUUUUAAAUAUGGAUUUUGAGAAGAAUAUUGAAAAGUGAAAAAUAGCGUGUCUUCAAAGCAUUGAAAAUGCCAUUAAUUAAUCAAAUUUCAAUAACAAAAUCUACAUGGAUUUUAAUAAUUCAUUGAGUGUCCCUCAUAUAGUUAUCGGUAAAAAGAGGAGGAGAAAUUAGGUCAAAAGAGCUAUGCAUAGCAGUCUUCAACUGCAAUAUUUAACCACUCACAUAUUUCUAUUGAUCUUACGAAUCUCUUGCUCUGCUCUACAAGAAACAACUAUAGAAGCACUAGUGGAAGGCAGUGCCAAAAUGCCUUGUGAUGUAAUACAGAAAAGAGAGGACAGCGUAGAAUUUAUUUUCUGGUACAAGAACGAUGGGGUAACAGCUCUAUACACACUUGAUGCCAGAGACAGAAAGUUAACUGACGCUUUCCACAUGAGAAACGAGACUUACAGCGAUAGAGUUCAAUUCCAUGUGGAAGGAGAUGAACUCUAUUUAGAAAUGGACAAACUCAAAGAAGAAGACACGGGUUCAUACUUUUGUAGAGUGGACUAUCAAUGGUCGGCUACUGAGCUAAAAAAAGUCAAUCUUAUUGUUAUUGUUCCACCUAAUAAACUCACUAUACACGAUGAGAAAGGCCAAGAAAUACGUGAUGUCGCUGGACCUUAUAAAGAAAAAACUGACAUUUCUUUGAUUUGUGAAGCUUUUAAAGGUUACCCGACACCCAAUGUGACAUGGUGGAAGGACAAUAGAUUGUGGGACAACACCUUUAAGAAAGGAUCUUCGGGAAAUGUGAUAAAUGAAAUGCGAUUGUUGAAUCUUAGUAGAACAGAUCUGUUUGCUACUUUUCAUUGCAAGGCUCAAAAUAACAAAUUGUCCGCUCCAGUAGUCAGAACAAUAGUAUUAGAUUUAUACUUAUAUCCUUUGAGAGUGAGAAUCACAAGCAAAGUAUCUGCCCUAUCAACUGGAAGGAGAGUCGAAAUGACCUGCGAAACUGUAGGCUCACGACCUUCUGCCAAGAUCACGUGGUGGCUCAAUGGCACUCACUUGUCAGAUCACAUUGAAACCGUCCAUGACAAUGUCACUUCCUCUGUCCUACGCCUCCUGCCUAAAUUUCAGUAUCAUAAAUCACCCCUUACAUGCAGAGCUGAAAAUCCCAAACUCUUCAACAGUCACAUGGAAGAUGUCAGAAUGCUCAAUAUCACAUAUAUACCUCAAGUGUCUUUGAGACUUAUUAAGGAAGAAGCAGAUAGACUACCUAAAGAGGAUGACUUUGUUCGAUUAGUUUGUGAUAUUAACGCCAAUCCACCUGUCUUGAAAGUCGGGUGGAUUUUUAACGACACCCCCCUCUCCCACAACAAGUCUCAAACAGACAUCGUUAGUGGAAACACUCUCGUUUUCAAGAAGCUCACGAGGCGUAAUCAUGGAAGAUAUCGUUGCUACGCUCUAAAUGACGAAGGGAAAGGAUUCAGUCAAGAACUCAUGUUAAAUAUCAGUCACGCUCCUAUAUGUAAAGAAAAUCAACAAAUUACUUAUGUGGUUGCAUUAAAUGAGAGUGUUAUUGUGCGUUGUGAAGUGGAAGCCAUGCCUACAGAUGUUACUUUCAAAUGGGAAUUUAGUAACACAGUCAGUAAACACUACAAUCUCCAACAUGUAAGCGAAGGAGUUGUAAGCAAUGCUACUUAUCGACCAACGUCAUCCUCUGAAUACGGGACACUUUUCUGUUGGGCAAAUAAUAGUAUAGGAUCUCAGCAAUCAUCAUGUUUUUUCACUGUCAUAGCUCCCGCUUGUAAGACUCAGAAGACAAACGCUAAUGCUUCUUCGUUUUCAGGAGAUGAAAACGUAGGUAACUGGUAUCAAUCCGCCAUAACCACUGGAGCAAUUGUUGCAGUCUCAGUAAUUGUCAUCUCGGCAAUCUGUGCAUGUUACUUCAGGCGAAUACGAAACGAAAAGAAAAAAAGACCUAUGGGGCAACAAAUACUGGGAGAAGAAGUUAGUAUUUAUUCUCGAGUACAAUGCCACAAUACUGGUCCUCAACCCCGAAUUCUCAUCGUUAAAUGAAAACAUGACUUCGUAGUCAGACCUUGUUCAAAGAUGUUCAACUGCUAAAUGUUUGGUGACAAUGUGGGUUAUUUUCAAAUGUGUUGAAACUUCCCUGUGUGAUCCCAUGUGUCAAUUGUAAUUUCAACAAUUAGCACUGUCCUCUUUGUGAUGAAUGUGUUUUUAAACAACAACAAAAAAUUGAUAUCGUGUACAGUUUCUUACUACUCUGUUUAUGAAUCAUCUUUUUACAAUAUAUAAGUUGAUGAUUCAUACGUAAGAUGAAUGAUGAUCAUAAUUUGUAAAUGAAUCAUAGAAUGAAAUGAUGGAAGAUUUUACUGGUUUUGAGAAGGAAUAUUUUUGGUCAUAAUUAUAAAGUAAUGAUUGAAAUACUGACUUUUAAGAUGCGUGUGAAGAAAACGAGUGUACAGAUUUUUCAUAUCGAGAAGAGAGUGAGAGAUUCGUUAUUGUUGUAUGUAUAAAUAAAAUUCUUUAAAUAUG